AUGGCAGAAAAAGAUAAUACGAAAGUUAAGGAAAGAGAGUUUAUCGUUGAAUGUAUCCAAUUGUACAGAGAAUUGUCGUCUUUGUGGAAUGUCAAGAGCAAAGAAUAUUAUGACCGUGAUAAAAAAAAAGCUGAUUACGAAACAUUGUUGUCCGAAUAUAAAGAGAUGUUUCCUGAGGCAAGCAAAGAUGACGUGAAGAAGAAAUUCAAUUCUUUGAGAACCAACUACCGGAAGGAAUUCAAGAAACACCUUCAGUCGAUGAAAUCCGGAUCUGAUUUAAAGAAAAUGGUACCAACACAACAAAUCUUUGCUAAAAGUGCUAUUGCUGCUAUUAUCAUGGAGGGACAAUUAUGUCUUUUACAUCGCAAUUCGGUUAAAAUAAAUAGUCCAACAGUAACAAUAACUCCAUCUCCGACAUAUACCAGAUCCACGCCAACUCCAACAAAUUACAACAGCACGCCAUCGCCUCGCAAUUCUGAAGUUCCACGUGAGGAGCUGCCACAUUACCAACAGACAAAUACUUCAACAGUACCAAUAAAUCCAUCUCAGAUAUAUGCUAGAUCCACGCCAACUCCAACAAAUUACAACAGCACGCCAUCGCCUCGCAAUUCUGAAGUUCCACGUGAGGAGCUGCCACAUUACCAACAGACAAAUACUUCAACAGUACCAAUAAAUCCAUCUCAGAUAUAUGCUAGAUCCACGCCAACUCCAACAAAUUACAACAGCACGCCAUCGCCUCGCAAUUCUGAACUUCCACGUGAGGAGCUGCCACAUUACCAACAGAACAUGUACUACUCCCAACAGGAUAUACAGCAGAACAUGGACAAUUCUCAACAGGAAAAUUAUGCUAAAGACAUGUCGCAAUAUAUAAAGCUAAAUAAAUAAAUGUUUAUUAAAAAAUAAAUA